CAAGGGGCUGCAGCGAUGUGGUGUUACGGGAGGGAGAUGCCGCUGGAGGAUGGGGAUGCAGCGAGGCAGAGGGGCCAGUGGGUCAAUGGCAAGGUCAGUGGUACCCCGUGGCUUGGGGAAACAGGGGACCCGCUGCUCCAGGACACGACAGCACCCGAUGGCAGCAGGACGGAGCCAACACUGGGUGACAAGAACGUGGCUCCCAAGGGGGCCCUGCAGCAAGCAGGGCGGCGUGAAGAAGCCUUGAUGACUGAGCUCUCGGAGCUGGUGCAGAAGGUGGUGAAGAGCAGCAGCUGGUGGGAACGGCACGGGGUGGACAUCAGCAUCCUCGGCUGCAGCUUCCUCCUGCUCCCAGCAGGGUUCCUGUGCCUGCGGUCAGCCCAGGCUAUCCCUUUCCUGGCUGGUGUCCUCACCCUUGGCGUGGUGCAUCAUACCCUGACAGUGAAGGGCAGCCACCUGGCCAGCCACAAUGCCUUGACCGAGUCCAAGUCCUGGGGCAAAGUGUGGGCCAUCUUCUUCAUUGAGCUCUGCUCAGCGUUCACAGUCGAGCAGGCCACUUACAACCAUGUGAAGAUCCACCAUGGCUACACCAACGUCAUCGGCCUGGGGGACUCCAGCACAUGGAAGCUUCCUUUCCUGAACCGCUACGUCUACAUGUUCAUCGCGCCUCUCGCGGUGCCCAUCUUAACCCCUCUGGUUGCACUUGAUUUGUUGAGGAAUGUGGAGUGGAAAGCAGCUCUCCGGACCCUCUGCUGCAUGUCUCUGGGUCUCUACUGCCAUUACUGGCUGCUGCUCCACGUCUCGGGCUUCCAGUCGCCGUGGUCCGCCCUGCUCUGCAUGCUGCUCACCCGCUCUCUCCUGGCCCAUCCCUACAUCCACGUCAACAUAUUCCAGCACAUCGGGCUCCCCAUGUUCGCGGCCGAUCGGAAGCCCAAGCGGAUCCAGCUCAUGAGCCUGGGUGUGCUCAACCUGCCCCGCAACGCGCUGCUCGACUGGUCCUUCGGCCACUCGCUCAUCAGCUGCCACGUGGAGCAUCACCUCUUCCCCAGCCUCUCCGACAACAUGUGCCUCAAGAUCAAACCCAUCGUCUCCCAGUACCUGAAGCAGAAGAAGCUGCCAUACAAUGAGGACACCUACACCUCCAGGCUCCGUCUCUUCCUCCAGAGAUACGAGGAGCUCAUGGUCCACGCUCCCCCCAUAACGGAGCUGGUGGGCAUCCAGUGAGGAUGGGACCCCAGGACUCUGGGAUGUUUCCUGCAGGGACUUGUGACAGCGAUGGCUUUAGCAGGAUUGGGGCAACACAAACGCCUCCAUAAAGCCAUCAUGUAGGAAACAUUUCCCCCCUAUAUCUUGCUUUUGGCUUGAUAAUGAUGCACGGAGCCCCUGCAGGAGCAGAGCCAGGAAGUGCAUCUCCAGGGACAGGAAAAAGGGGGUAUCCCCAGUUAUUCCCAGCCAGGGCUUAGUUUUAUCCACUCUGCUUUCAUGCUUGGGGAGAGGAAACCUCUUGUCUGCUGGCUGUGGCCUCCCUGCAACAGGACCAUAGGAGAUGCAGCGCUGUGUCCAGUGCAUCCGGAGCUUGUUCCACGAGGAUCUGUAGGAUGGAGCUGCAAAUGUGUGGUUGGAGGCUCAGGGAAGGGCUUGGAUUAUGGGGAGGGGGUUGGUCACUGCUGCCUGCGCUUUGCAAGGCUCUGGGGUGAAUCAGUCCCUUCUAGGAACAAUGAUUUGGCAAAUUCAGCCUUAAAACUUUGA